ACCGACGACGGCGACGGGACGGACGACCACAGAAAGUAGAAAAAGUGACCGAGUCAUAAUAAGUAUGGAAUAUUUCGCUAAAUAUUAGGUGUAUUUUACAGAAUUAUAAGCUAGGAAUUGUGAAUUUCGCUGCGUCUUGGCAUCGCGCGCGGCCAUGGAGAGACGGAUUAAACUGAAAACGCUGAACAAACACAUAACAUGCGAAAUUUGCAAAGGCUACUUCAUUGAUGCAACAACUGUCACUGAAUGUCUUCAUACGUUUUGCAAAAGUUGCCUGGUGAAACACUUGGAGGAAAAUAACACUUGUCCAACCUGCCAAAAUGUCAUCCAUCAGUCCCAUCCGCUGCAGUAUAUCAGCUUCGACCGCACAAUGCAGGAUAUUGUCUACAAGUUGGUGCCGAACCUGAUGGAAGAUGAAAUGCGGAGGGAGCGUGAGUUCUACAAGUCCCGCAACCUGCCCUGCCCGAAGGACAUGCCCCAGCAGCAGCAGGACAGCGACGACAAGGCAAACGAACAGGCCCACCAGGAGGCGGACUACCACCGGCAGGACGAGCAGGUUAACGUGUGCCUUGACUGCAUUAGCAACAACCUGCGGCACCUGAAGCGGCGCUUCAUCCGCUGCAGCUCCCAGGCAACUAUCACGCAUUUGAAGAAAUUCCUAGCCAAGAAGGUGCUCAACGGUAUCGAACGAUACAAAGAUAUCGAUAUAUUGUGCAAUGAUGAACUGCUGGGCAAAGAUCACACGCUGAAAUUCGUCUACGUGACGAGGUGGCGUUUCAAAGACCCACCACUAAGACUCCAGUAUCGGCCCCGAGUGGAUAUAUAAAUUUAUUAUUUCUGUAAUUCGUUUAAGCAAGUUAAACCAAUUUUAUAGCAGAGAAAUAGUUUAAGUGAUCAUUUUCACAACUCCUUAUCAUUUUUGUUUUCGAAUGAAAAACAACAGUAACCAGAUGCAACCGGUCUGAUGUCCAUACUUUUUUAUUUUUCGGAGUUUAAUAUUUUAUGCUCUUCAUUUACGGGCCAAGAGAAGGCGAUUUCUUACAAAGAUAAUCAUUCUUUUGAACGGGUUGCAUCCAAUCCACAAAUGAAAUCGGUUUUAUUCAAAAUGAAACAGCAGAUCUUCAGAGAGUGUUUUGUAAUCAAUAAGCAGAGAAAGAGAUUGAGAUUUAUGAUGUAUAACGUAGAAUAAAAAAGGAAGAUACUUAUUA